GUUCACUUUGUGGCUUCGAGAUGCCUCUUCCGCCCAUCUCCGUUGCCUUCGCCGAGGACAUCGAGCAGGGCGAGGCCAGGAAGCCCCCUUCAGAGGCUGCAGCCACGGCAGAGGAUGCCAGUGCCGUCGCAGAGACACCCGAAGCCGGGGGUGAGGACUCGGGCACUUUGCCAGACGGCACAAAGACCUCGGAUGCCCCGCAGGCACCGGAUUCGGAAGGGCAGGAAAAAGAGGAGAAAGCAGAAGCAGAUGAAGUGGAGGACGCGGAGCAGGCAGAAGCGGGGGAGGCAGAGGAGGCUGAGGCCGCAGGCAGGCGCAAGCGCAGGCAGGGCCUGCGUGCGCGCGUGCUGGCGGAGCUGAAGUCCACGAGUCCCUGCGACCUGAAGGCACGCCUCGAGUCCCAGCUCAUCCAGCAGGAUGCCCUGAUCGCCGCGGCUCAGGAAGUCGAGGCCGGAAAGCAGAAGCUGGUGGACGCGGCCCUGGCGGAGGUGGACCGCCUGAGCCAGGCAGUGAGGGAGGCAACGGAGAAGGAGGAGACGGCCUUGGGCCACGCCGAGAAGCUGCGGAAGCGCAAGAAGGAGGCCGCGAAGGAGUGCUCAGAGCGCCAGAAGGAGGUGCAGCACCACGAGGAUCUGCUGUUUCUUUUGGGCUUCGAAGUGGAGCGGCGCCGAAAGCUCCGGGAGGCGGAGAAGAGCAUGGAGUCAGAGAAGGACGCCAAGCGCCAGAAGAUCUUGGAGCUGCUGCAAGUAGCC